CUCGGGCCCGACCUUCCUGCGGCCCCCUCCCCAUGUGAGGCUCGGCGGAACGAGCGGGGCGCAGGAGGAAGAGGAGGACCCAAGGCGCUGGGCGGAAGGCAGCUGGCAGCAGGCCCAGGCCAGUGGGCACCCGCGUUCAUGUUCCGCCAGGAGCAGCCGCUGGCCGAGGGCAGCUUCGCGCCCAUGGGCUCCCUGCAGCCAGACGCGGGCAACGGGAGCUGGAACGGGACUGAGGCGCCAGGGGGCGGCACCAGGGCCACCCCCUACUCCCUGCAGGUGACGCUGACGCUGGUGUGCCUGGCCGGCCUGCUUAUGCUGCUCACCGUGUUCGGCAACGUGCUCGUCAUCAUCGCCGUGUUCACAAGCCGCGCGCUCAAGGCGCCCCAGAACCUCUUCCUCGUGUCUCUGGCCUCGGCCGACAUCCUGGUGGCCACGCUUGUCAUCCCUUUCUCGCUGGCCAACGAGGUCAUGGGCUACUGGUACUUUGGCAAGGCGUGGUGUGAGAUCUACCUGGCCCUCGACGUGCUCUUCUGCACGUCGUCCAUCGCGCACCUGUGCGCCAUCAGCCUGGAUCGCUACUGGUCCAUCACGCAGGCCAUCGAAUACAACCUGAAGCGCACUCCACGCCGCAUCAAGACCAUCAUUAUCACCUUGUGGGUCAUCUCGGCCGUCAUCUCCUUCCCGCCGCUCAUCUCCAUCAAGAAGAAGGGCGGCGGCGGCGACCAGCAGCCUGCAGAGCCGCGCUGCGAGAUCAACGACCAGAAGUGGUACGUCAUCUCGUCGUGCAUCUGCUCCUUCUUCGCGCCCUGCCUCAUCAUGAUCCUGGUCUACGUGCGCAUCUACCAGAUCGCCAAGCGCCGCACCCGCGUGCCGCCCAGCCGCCGGGGCCCGGAUGCCGCCGCCGCGCCGCCGGGGGGCGCCGAGCGCAGGCCCAACGGCCUGGGUCCGGAGCGCGGCGUGGGGCCCGUGGGCGCCGAGGUCGAGCCGCUGCCCGCCCAGCUUAACGGUGCCCCCGGGGAGCCGGCGCCGUCAGGGCCACGCGACACCGACGCGCUGGACCUGGAGGAGAGCUCGUCGUCCGAGCACGCCGAGCGGCCCCCGGGACCCCGCAGGUCCGAUCGCGGCCCCCGGGCCAAGGGCAAGGCCCGGGCGAGCCAGGUGAAGCCCGGAGACAGCGUGCCGCGGCGCGGGCCGGGGGCGACGGGGCCGGGGGCGCAGGCGGCCGGGCCCGGGGAGGAGCGCAGCGGGGGCGCCAAGGCGUCGCGCUGGCGCGGGCGGCAGAACCGCGAGAAGCGCUUCACGUUCGUGCUGGCCGUGGUCAUCGGCGUGUUCGUGGUGUGCUGGUUCCCCUUCUUCUUCACCUACACGCUCACGGCCGUCGGCUGCUCCGUGCCGCGCACGCUCUUCAAGUUCUUCUUCUGGUUCGGCUACUGCAACAGCUCUCUGAACCCGGUCAUCUACACCAUCUUCAACCACGACUUCCGCCGCGCCUUCAAGAAGAUCCUCUGCCGCGGGGACAGGAAGCGGAUCGUGUGAGCGCCGAGCCCGCGCCGCGCGAACAGACUCCUGCAGACCGCAGACCGCGGGGAUCGAGGGGCGCGUCUACGCAGGCCCAGCAUCCUGAAACCCGGACCCCGCCUGCUCUGCGUUUCCUGGCCCGGGAGGUUGCUCUGCGGCCUCCGGGCAUCUGCUCUUCCCUACCAGGGAAAAGUACUGGCCGGGAGGGCCACACGCCCGCCCAACUGUUGGUAGGGCCGCUCCUGACUCGGAGCAAUCUAACUAGGUUCAUGGGCGGCUCCUAGUCAGUAUUGUUUCCUAAAGAUAUUUUCACCUCCCAGUCCAGCUCUGACAGCACUUCAAGCAAGCGCUGGAUCGCAGAGCGUAUGCUCACAAAGGGUUAAUGGACGGGGUUACCCAGCCCCUGCUAAUUGCUUCUCCCUCCUCCCAACUCUAUUUUCAAACAAACGCUCAGGGCAGUCCUGCCCGCCCUCCCCUCCUCCACUGUAAAUAUACACUAUUUUUGAUAGUACCUGCGGAAGGGUCCCAGUGUCGCUAGGCUUUUGAUGUUGGAAUCCUGGCUGUUGGAGAUGCCCCUGAGGCAGACACGUUGUGUCUGGUUCAGGCUAAGCCCAUUUGCAAUGCAAACCCUUUUCUAGUGUCAUUACCUGCCUCUGUGUCCUUUUCACCAGCAACUGGUGACUGUCCCUUGGGUCUGGACCUGCUUUGAGAUUUCCUGAGAGGGAAAAGGUUUGUCCAUUUUUUCCCUGUGCCUAACAGCAUAAUUGCCUUUUCCUAUGUAAAUAUUACAAUUAUGGACCAAGACAGAAGUAAAUGAAUCGUUCUGCCUUGCAUCAGCCCGGUGUACAAAGCCAUUAUCCUCUGAGGCACCCUUUGCCCCAGAAACCCACUCUAAACCCAUCUCUUUCUUCUGUCCCCUUCCUCCAGCACUCUGGGGCCCCUGCUUGAAGAAUAUGUAUGUUUCUAUCUUGUAUCUCUGUGCCCCUUCCCUCCCCAAAAGUGCUGACUGAGGGAAAUCUGUUAGCUGCUGUUUUUAGACACAGGGGAGUGGAAAUUAUGUGGAAGAAGCAAACCUGAUACAAUUUGCCCAAGGUAAACAGUUUGAAAAGACAAAUGGGCCUGCCAGACUGUACAGUUCCUGCCCAGGAGCUCUUAGGUCUCAGAGUGCUGACCUUUUCCCCUGCUUUUCUGGUCGAGAGCAUGUCCUUGAUGAGAUCGGACUGUCUAGGGAGGAGGGCAGAGACCUCCUGUUUCCAUCUGAGCUUCUCCGUGUCGUAGACAGAGACUCUUUAAGGCCCACGCUCUCCUGUCAUUAAAGAAAAACUAAUGUCAGCACAUGUUGCUAAUGACAGUGGAUUUUUUUUUAAUAAAAAGUUUACAGAUCAAAUGUGAAAUAAAUAUGAAUUAAAUGGU